AACACAAGUAAUCCCACAAAAACUCUAAUAAGAAUUUGUUAUUAGAUAGUACUCUUCGUAGUACAGAAGCCCAUAUGGAGAAGAAGCUUAGAGCAGUGGCCAUUGCAUUGGUUGCAAUGCUCCUUGUUGUAGCCGCUUCUACGGAAGCAGCGCAAGGUUUGUGCAACAUGAGUGACGACGGCCUGGCGGCGUGCAAGCCGGCCAUCGCCGUCAAGAAACCCGUCGACAAGCCCUCCGAUGCGUGCUGCGCGGCUCUCGCCGAUGCCGACCUGCAGUGCCUCUGCAAGUACAAGAGCUCCGGCAUGCUCAAGUACUUCGAGAUCGACGCCAACCGCGCCAUGCAGCUCCCCGCCAAGUGCAACAUCACCGCGCCGAGCGAGUGUUAGAUUCACACGUAUCGCGCCCGCGAGCGGACCGGAACGAACUCGGAAACAGCAGCUGUAGCUGCCGGGCUUUAAGUUUGUUAGGUUUAACCUGUAAUAUUUAAGUUAGUGUUGGUGCAUGCAGUUUGAUUUGCAGUGGAUGCUUAAUUUGUUUUGCUUGUGCUCGUGAUGGAGGAGUGGUGUGCUUCUUUAAUUUGGUGUACGUUGUACUUCCUUUUGAGUGUGGGUUAGUUAACUUCUCUUGUGUGUUUAUGCAAUGGUUGGGUACUAAUGCAGUGGUGGUAGUGUUGUUUGCUCUUUCAA